UGGAAAUUACAGUUUACUUCUUUUCGAAAUUAAUAAGUUUAAAGCAGUUUUCAAUAUCAUAAAUAUCGCAUUUCGUGUUGUUGCAUAGUAAUAAAAUAUCUUGAGUGAUAUAAAUGAAUAGUUUAUUACGUCAGAUAUGCUCACGUGGUGCAUUAGUUCAGAAAUUAAGACUGCCAGUCCAAUCAGCUAGCAGCACAUUCUGGUUACCAAGUUUAACCUCCAACUUUUGCACAUUGUAUAUCAGAUCAGAAAAUCAACGUGGAGGAUAUGGAGGUGGACGAUCAGGAGGAGACUCAGGUAUUGCACGACGUAAUGACCGAUUUAAUGGACGUGUAGAAAAGAAUGGUUAUGGAGGAGCUGGUGGUCGUAGCAAAAACAGCUUAGACGAGCAACAAUUGAAACGUAUAAAUUGGAGUCAAGAACAACUUACACCUCUAAGAAAAAAUUUUUAUAAGCCAUCUUCCAGUGUAACGGCUCGUUCACGUGCUGAUAUCGAAAGCUUUCAUCAGAAACAUGAAAUAACUGUUCGUGGACGUGAUGCUCCUUCAACAGUUUUCGAAUUCAAUGAGGUUGGCUUUCCCAGUUAUAUUUCAACAGAAUUGUCACGUCAAGGAUUUAAACAACCGACAGUUAUUCAAGCACAAGCAUGGCCAAUAGCAAUGAGUGGACGAGAUCUCGUCGGUAUCGCUCAGACAGGUUCUGGAAAAACUCUCGCAUACAUUCUACCUGCUCUUGUUCACAUCACCUAUCAAGAAAAAUUACAACGUGGUGAUGGACCAAUUGCUCUUGUUCUCGCACCAACAAGAGAGCUCGCUCAACAAAUUCAAACAGUUGCCACAGAAUUUGGAAAACGCAUUGGGAUUCGCAAUACUUGCGUUUUUGGUGGAGCUCCCAAGCGUCCACAACAAAAUGACUUACAGCGAGGCUCUGAAAUUGUUAUUGCCACACCAGGACGUCUCAUUGAUUUUCUCCAACAGGAAACAACAAACUUAAAACGUUGUUCAUAUUUGGUACUCGAUGAAGCUGAUAGAAUGCUUGACAUGGGCUUUGAGCCUCAAAUUCGUAAAAUUAUUGAGCAGAUUCGUCCCGAUCGUCAAGUUCUCAUGUGGUCUGCAACAUGGCCUAAAGAAGUGAAGAAUCUCGCCGAAGAAUUUUUAAAUGACUACGUUCAAAUUAAUAUUGGAUCAAUGAACUUAUCAGCAAAUCAAAAUAUCUUACAGAUCGUCGACGUCUGUGAAGAACGUGAGAAAGAUGCUAAAUUAAUUACAUUAUUGACAGAGAUUCAAAGUGAUCGUGAAAGCAAGGCAAUCAUUUUCGGGGAAACAAAGAAAAAAGUUGACGAUAUAAAAUAUUUCUUAAUGAAGAAUAAUUUCCGUGCUGUUGCCAUUCAUGGUGACAAAUCACAACGUGAACGUGAUUUUGUUCUUAAUAAAUUUCGUCAAGAUCGUCAAGGAAUUUUAAUUGCAACCGAUGUUGCAUCGCGUGGACUCGGACUUCCGCCUCUUGUGUCAACUUCUUGAACACAGGAUGGUCACAGUGUUGUGAAUACUGGAACACAAUGUUGUUUUUGGUUUUGAAAAAAAAGAAAUGAAAUGAAAAAAAUCUUCAUUCGCGUCCUUGUCAGUUUUGAAAUGUUUCACGGGGAAGAAUAGAAAUGAAUGAAAAUGUGCAAGUUUUAUUUUUCCGAAAGAACUGCUUGAGAUUCUACAGCAAUGAAUCCUUGUGGAAGAUCCUCCAGUUGAAUGUCAUCAUGAUGAUUUGCGGUGGUAAUAAUGAAGCCAGCAAUAAUAUUAAUGGUGUUGUGGAUCUCCAAUGACAAGUUGAAUGGAGGCCCACCCCGAAAAAAAUAUUAGAAAAAAAAUAAAAAGCUGGAGAGAAAUUGUGCAAAGAACUCGAACGUGAUCAUAUAUAUCGAUGAUUCACUAGGCAGACGGGACAGGAAUGAUGGAGAAAUGCAUCCAUCAUCCUUUGGAAUAAAAGCAAUAAAAAUGUGUAUGCGAAUUCAUAGCAAAAAAAUUAACAAGCAAAUCUUCGAAAAUUUCAAACACAUGUCAGUAAAGAAAGAAUGAAGGAUUGUGAAAGAUCAAAAUGAAUCGAAUGGUAAGUUAUUAAAAAAACAAUGAACAACUUAAUUUACUGACAUGUAAGAAAUUUUGAAAGUUAAUAUGUAUAAAUUGACUUAAGUUAAGUUUCCUGAAUUCAACGUCAUCAAGCGAUACACAUUUUAUAAUUGUAAUUAAUAAUAAUUAUACAUUGCCUUGUGAAUGCAAAUAGUGAUAAUUUCUUUGAAACUUUUAAACGAUAUGAUGUCACUAAAUCAACAUAAAAAAAUGAGUUUUUUCAGUUUUCCUCGACAAUCUUUUAUUCGUCAUUUCUUUAUUUACAAAUAUUUCCAUCGAUCUAAAUUACCACUGCAGAUUGUGUAAUAAUGACAACAGACAUCACACAUUAAACAUCGGGAUGUAAUUUUCUUUGAUGUGGAAAUGUUUACUUUUUAGUUCAUUCGGCCUACAAAUAUUUAGCAAAGAAAGAAGCAAGAAAAACUUCAAUAAAUUUAUCUCCUUGUUCGUGACUGACUUGCAAAGAUGCUUAGAAAAUAUUUAUGACAAAAACAACAGAAAACAAAAAGAAAUGUUAGAAUUUCGUUUUAACAUCACGCUCAGAUGAUAUCACAUCACGCUUUAUGUAUUUAUCUUUUGCUUUAUCAACUAGAAAUUAUGAUUUAUUUAUUUGGGGGUGAAGAAAGUAAAAUUUUUUUAUCCUUUUUUUAUCUAACAUUGAAAAAAUGUUUUUACGGUGACAAAUUCUCGAACAUGUUUUUGAUCAAAGCUUUUCAUAAUGUCCUCGUCACCUUUGUCGACCUUAUUCAAAGAUCAAAAAUAAUUUUAGCUGAUGAUAAUCUAUUUGAAAAAUGAUGAGAAAACGAUGAAAUGAUUCUUAUUCUUAACUAUUUCCUCAAGUAACAGAAUUUCUUAUGCAUCCCUUGCAAUAUUUAAUUGAAUUUCUCGUAAAUCAUAAUCUAACAUAAACUUUUCCAUUCUCAAGAUGUUGACGACGUAAAGUUUGUC